CUAAUCAAUAAAUACUAAAAGGAAGGAAUAAAGAUAUUCUUUCUCUUCGCAGUUAUGUUCUGGAGUUCAUAGAGAUAUGAUCUGCAUUGAGACCCAAUAUUUCAGUCUUAACAGGAUUCUUCUGCUCGUUAUGGGUUUGUGGCCCUAUAAACAAUCAAAACUCGUCCGUCUUCACUUCAUCUUUUUCCUCAGUAUUUUGACAAGCGCUAUUUUGUUUCAAUUUACUUCAUUUUUGACUGUUAAAUAUACUUCCGACCUUGCCAUUAAGGUUUUUUCUACUACACUUUUCUUUAUUUUAUUUCUAAUCAAAUACAUCGCAUUUGCUGUUAAUAUUGAAAACAUGAAAGAUUUACUGACGCAACUUCAAUAUACAUACAAUGGUCUAAGAGAUAAAUAUGAAAACAUUAUUAUAGAAAAGUAUAGUGACAACGGCAAAUGGUACACGAUUACACUCAUUAGUAAGACAAAUUUUUAA